AAACAGCUUUACUAAAAUUAGAUUAUUGAAUUGCUUUUAGUAGCAAAGAGACACCUGUGCUCACUACUGUUAAGUUUUCCGUCUACAUCAAGACAACAUGGAGAUCAGAGCUCUCUGCAUCAGACUGUUGAUAAGCAUCAUGAUUCUGCUGUGUGUACAGGAUCAGAAAGUUGAUGCAGUUUCUCUUCGUGUUGUUCCAAACAGAUUGCAGUUCUUUGAAUAUGAAUCAGUAACAUUUCACUGUGAAGGAGUCGAUUAUUGUGAAGUUGUGCAUAAAUUCAAAGGGAAAGUAGAAGCAUGUAGUAAAACUAACAAAAGGACAGCAACAGGAUCAUCCUGCAUGAUUAAAACUGUUUAUACAGAGGACAGUGGAGAGUACUGGUAUGAGACUGAAAGAGGGACAAGAAGCAACAGCAUCAACAUCUCUGUCACUGAUAGUCCUGUGAUCCUGGAGAGUCCUGGUGUUCCUGUGUUAAUGGAAGAAACUGUGACUCUGAGCUGCAGGAACAAAAUUGCAUCCUACAACUUGACAGCAGAUUUCUACAAAGAUGGAUGUCCUAUCUAUCAAAGCUCCACAGGAAACAUGGCCAUCCACAGAGUUUCAAAGUCAGAUGAAGGACUUUACAAGUGUAGCAUCUCAGGAGUUGGAGAAUCACCAGAGAGCUGGCUGAAAGUCACAGACAUGACUCAUUCCUCCUCUGCUGCCACGCCUUGGAUCAUUGCUACCAUUUUAGUCAGUGCUCUGUUGGUGGCAGUGGGACUGUAUCACUUUGGCAAAGGUUACUGGAAGAGAGAGGCAGGCACAGUGGAUGCAGGAAGAGCAACAUAUGCUUUAGUUGGUUAG